AUGCUGUCUGUGGCGUCAGCGGACACGGAGACGGCAGAAGAGGAGGAAGCUGGGGCAGGGCUGGCUGCGGCACCGGAGCUCGAGACUGGGGUAGACGAGACCUCAGAGCUUGGAGCCGGGCUGGACUCAGAGCUGGCGGCAGAAGAGGCGCUGGCUUCGGAGCAUGGCUCGGUCACGGUGAUGGUGACACCAAGACUAACGGUGGUGUAA